CUACCUCGAUAUCCGAGUCGUGUCGUCUGGAGCAUGCUGUUCGAGCUGUUUGUUAUGGUGACGUUCAGAAUUGCAACCUGCAAGCGACUUUCGUCGUUGCUGCACAACAGUUUAAUGCCGAAAGGUCCAAUCCCAUUGUAAUAAACAAAACCGUCGCUUUUCAUUCGACGUAAAAUGAGCCGUUGCCAAGGGUACAGGUUUUGCAUUCCUUUCUAUAGUCGACAAUCUCGUUCUUGUCUAGUUCGGUUGAACGUUCGUGCUGGUUCUGCGUACUAAAACCCGAGACAACUAAUCGAAGUUUCUGUUCGUUUUGGAGCUUGAUUUUCGACGAUAAUGCACAAAUGUUCGGUUUGAUAAUGAAUCUUGAUCUCUCUUGAGAUAUAUUGGACCAAUCACGUCGAUAAUUAGGCGAGAAGAACGAAUGGCAAAGUAGUAGAAGCAUCGAGAAAAAAGUCCCAACCUUCCUGGUUUGCCCAAGAAUAAUUUGCCCAUCGCUUGACAAGAUGGCUGUUGAUUCUGUAAAGCAGCAGCUGAAUAAGGUGUUCAACGACGAGGAAGCAUUGAUAAAUAAGAAAUUACCAAAGGAGUUGCUACUGAGAAUAUUCUCAUAUUUAGAUGUAGUAUCCCUAUGCAGGUGUGCCCAAGUCUCAAAAUCGUGGAAUAUCUUAGCUCUAGAUGGAUCGAAUUGGCAGAGGAUCGAUUUAUUCGACUUUCAAAAGGACGUUGAGGGUCCAAUAAUAGAAAACAUAUCGCGAAGAUGUGGCGGGUUCCUGAGGCAGCUCUCUCUCAGAGGAUGUCAAUCUAUCGCCGACGGCUCGAUGAAAACUCUGGCCCAGCAAUGUCCGAACGUGGAGGAUCUAAACCUGAACGGUUGCAAGAAAUUGACCGAUUCAACUUGCCACGCCUUCUCCAAAUACUGCAGCAAACUGCAAAAGUUGAAUUUGGACAGCUGCGCCGCGAUCACGGACAUGUCGCUCAAAGCGCUGAGCGACGGAUGCCCCAAUCUCACCCACAUCAACGUGAGCUGGUGCAGCAACAUCACCGAAAACGGAGUCGAAGCUUUGGCUAGGGGCUGUCCGAGAUUGAAGAGUUUCAUAUCUAAGGGAUGCAAACAAGUCACUUCUAGAGCUGUUAUUUGCCUGGCCAGGUUCUGCAAACAUCUGGAAGUUAUCAAUUUGCUGGGAUGUUGUUCCAUAAGGGAUGAAGCCGUGCAGUCUCUAGCCGAAAAAUGUCCAGACUUGCACUAUGUCUGCUUCUCUGGAUGUUCAUUUCUGACAGACGCUUCUCUGAUAGCUUUAGCUCAAAAGUGUCCGUUGCUGUCCACAUUAGAAGUAGCUGGUUGUUCCCAGUUCACAGAUGCAGGCUUCCAAGCUCUAGCAAGGAGUUGUCGUUAUUUAGAAAAAAUGGAUUUGGAUGAAUGCGUUCUGAUCACAGAUUCAACUUUGAUAAAUUUGGCGAUGGGUUGCCCCAGAAUAGAAUAUUUGACUCUUUCUCAUUGCGAAUUGAUAACAGAUGAAGGCAUCAGGCAUUUGUCAACGUCUCCAUGUGCUGCCGAGAAUUUGACUAUUCUUGAACUGGACAAUUGCCCCCUUAUUACUGACGUAUCUUUGGAACAUCUCACAUCUUGUCAUAAUCUUCAACGAGUAGAACUAUACGACUGUCAACUAAUCACAAGAUAUGGGAUCAGAAGAUUGAGGAGCCAUCUUCCCAAUAUCAAAGUUCAUGCAUAUUUCGCACCUGUAACGCCGCCCCCAUCGGCAGGAGGAAACCGUCAGAGAUACUGUAGAUGCUGCAUCAUCCUAUGAAUAGUAUGCGAAUACUUCUGAGUCUGAAAUGGAUUACAUUAUCACCACCAUUAUGAUAUGUGUUCAGCACGCUUUUAAACGUGUGCACGAUUACGAGACAUUUCCAACAAUUAGGAAACUGUCGAACGAUUCUUGGUGUCUUGUUGCAUGGUCACACAUGUCUUUGAAGUUAUUAGUAAUAAAAUUGUCAUCCACGAAAGUUAUUACGAGCAAUUAAAUGUGUGGUACUUGGUAGAAACCAAACUGGAUUAAAAUGAGAUGAUAUGAUAAUCCAGAAACUGAAUUGCCAGGAAUGUUCAUAUGAUGAGAUUGAAAACUUCAGUUUCUUGAUGAAAAUUGGAGUUUAUACAGGGUACUGAGAAAUCUGUGCUUAUUCGCGAUUCGUAUCUUGAAAUACACGCGAAUGUAAAAAAAAGUUUGAACUACAUUUACUUAUUCAUUUAACUCCAGUUUAUUGGGACAAGAAGCUUUUAACAUAUAUUCCAGCCAGGUAAAUCCUUUGUAACGCUAUAUUUUUUUCAGUUUUGAAAAUUCAUAUAUUUUAUAUAGGACUCAAAAUAAGAACGAACUUCUGGAAACUAAAUUUCGCCAUAUUAGACGUUCAUGUCAUUUCUAUUGAAAUAAAUUAUACUUCAUAACUUGCUCUACCUAAUACCUAUUCAUAUGGAGAAUUUGAAUUUAGAUUAUUGUGUAAUAAUUUUCAUGUUUUUUUUUAAUACACCCCAGGGUUCUUUUAAUUCUUGGUUUCACUUAUUAUUUGAAGUGAAUGAAUUGUACACAUUUCAUUGAUGCAUGUUGAUGGUAUCCUAAUAGAACAUCGGUAGUUAUUUCUUAUUGUUAAGAAAAAUUGAAAUCGAUUCUUGUAGUAUUUUAGGGAACAUAUAUACGAAAGUAUGUUUGGAGAGAAAGAAGCCUGUGAUAAACAUUUGAAUAUUUGUAAAUUGUGAAUAUUAAUGUAAGCUUAUAUUACUCUACUAUGGAAUUCAUUAAAAUUUUGUAUACUUACUCAAAAAUUGAUCUGGAUAAUGUAAUUUUCCAUUCGAGAAUUCUCUUUCGGUGUAAGCCUUUUGAUUUUUAUUAAAUUGUAACUUUUAAA